GCGGCGCGCGCGCCCCCGUGGGCCCCGGCGCUAGGAGAGUCGGCGCCCGGAGCCGUCACCCGGGCGAGGAUCCUGCGCAGGCGACUCCGUGCGGCGGCCCGGCCGAGAGAGGGAGCGAGCGAGAGGCGGGCGGGAGACAGCCGCUGGCGCCCGAGGGGCCGAGCGAGCAGAUCAUAAACAUGGCGGUGUGGAUCCAGGCCCAGCAGCUGCAGGGAGAUGCCCUCCAUCAGAUGCAAGCCCUGUACGGCCAGCAUUUCCCCAUCGAGGUGCGCCAUUACUUAUCCCAGUGGAUCGAAAGCCAAGCUUGGGACUCAAUAGAUAUUGAUAAUCCACAGGAGAACAUUAAGGCCACCCAGCUCCUGGAGGGCCUGGUGCAGGAGCUGCAGAAGAAGGCCGAGCACCAGGUGGGGGAAGACGGGUUCCUGCUGAAGAUCAAGCUGGGGCACUAUGCCACGCAGCUCCAGAACACGUAUGACCGCUGCCCCAUGGAUCUGGUCCGCUGCAUCCGGCACAUUCUCUACAACGAACAGAGGCUGGUCCGCGAAGCCAACAACGGCACCUCUCCUGCUGGGACGCUGGUCGACGCCGUGUCCCAGAAGCACCUCCAGAUCAACCAGACGUUUGAGGAGCUGCGGCUGGUCACGCAGGACACGGAGAACGAACUGAAGAAGCUGCAGCAGGCGCAGGAGUUUUUCAUCAUCCAGUACCAAGAGAGCCUGAGGAUCCAGGCUCAGUUUGCCCAGCUGGCCCAGCUGAGCCCCCCGGAGCGCCUGAGCCGGGAGACGGCCCUGCAGCAGAAGCAGGUGUCCCUGGAGGCCUGGCUGCAGCGAGAAGCCCAGACGCUGCAGCAGUACCGCGGGGAGCUGGCCGAGAAGCACCAGAAGACGCUGCAGCUGCUGCGGAAGCAGCAGACCAUCAUUCUGGAUGACGAGCUGAUCCAGUGGAAGCGGCGGCAGCAGCUGGCGGGGAACGGAGGGCCCCCUGAGGGCAGCCUGGACGUGCUGCAGUCCUGGUGUGAGAAGUUAGCCGAGAUCAUCUGGCAGAACCGGCAGCAGAUCCGCAGAGCCGAGCACCUCUGCCAGCAGCUGCCCAUCCCCGGCCCCGCGGAGGAGAUGCUGGCCGAGGUCAACGCCACCAUCACAGACAUCAUCUCAGCCCUGGUGACCAGCACAUUCAUCAUUGAGAAGCAGCCCCCUCAGGUCCUGAAGACCCAGACCAAGUUUGCAGCCACGGUGCGGCUGCUGGUGGGUGGGAAGCUGAACGUGCACAUGAACCCCCCCCAGGUGAAGGCCACCAUCAUCAGCGAGCAGCAGGCCAAGUCGCUGCUGAAGAACGAGAACACCCGCAAUGAUUACAGUGGAGAGAUCUUGAACAACUGCUGCGUGAUGGAGUAUCACCAGGCCACCGGCACGCUCAGCGCCCACUUCAGAAACAUGUCCCUGAAACGAAUUAAGAGGUCUGAUCGCCGUGGAGCAGAGUCAGUGACAGAAGAAAAAUUUACAAUCCUGUUUGAAUCACAAUUCAGUGUUGGUGGAAAUGAGCUGGUUUUUCAAGUGAAGACCCUGUCCCUCCCGGUGGUGGUGAUCGUCCACGGCAGCCAGGACAACAACGCAACGGCCACCGUGCUGUGGGACAAUGCUUUUGCAGAGCCUGGCAGGGUGCCAUUUGCUGUGCCUGACAAAGUGCUGUGGCCGCAGCUGUGUGAGGCGCUCAACAUGAAAUUCAAGGCCGAAGUGCAGAGCAACCGGGGCCUCACCAAGGAGAACCUCGUGUUCCUGGCGCAGAAACUGUUCAACAGCAGCAGCAACCACCUCGAGGACUACAACAGCAUGUCCGUGUCCUGGUCCCAGUUCAACAGGGAGAACUUACCAGGACGGAAUUACACUUUCUGGCAGUGGUUUGAUGGUGUGAUGGAAGUGUUAAAAAAACAUCUCAAGCCUCACUGGAAUGAUGGGGCUAUUUUGGGUUUUGUGAAUAAGCAACAGGCCCACGACCUACUCAUUAACAAGCCCGAUGGGACCUUCCUGCUGAGAUUCAGUGACUCUGAAAUUGGCGGCAUCACCAUUGCUUGGAAGUUUGAUUCUCAGGAAAGAAUGUUUUGGAAUCUGAUGCCUUUCACCACCAGAGACUUCUCCAUCCGGUCCCUGGCCGACCGCCUGGGGGACCUGAAUUACCUCAUCUACGUGUUCCCUGAUCGGCCGAAAGAUGAAGUGUACUCCAAAUAUUACACACCAGUUCCAUGCGAGCCUGCCACUGCUAAAGCGGUGGACGGAUACGUGAAGCCACAGAUCAAGCAAGUGGUCCCUGAGUUUGUGACGUCUGCAGACUCUGCGGGGGGCAGCGCCACCUACAUGGACCAGGCUCCCUCCCCCGCCGUGUGCCCCCAGGCUCAUUAUAACAUGUACCCGCAGAACCCUGACCCUGUCCUUGACACCGAUGGGGACUUCGACCUGGACGACACAAUGGACGUGGCACGCCGUGUGGAGGAACUCUUGGGACGACCCAUGGACACUCAGUGGAUCCCUCACGCGCAGUCGUGACCUUGCGUCUUCGCCCUCGGCGUCUUCAUCCUUGCCGGAGGAGUUGCUUCUUGUGGAUGUUUCAAUUCCAUGAAUCACUUCUCUUUGGAAACAAUACUCAUAAUGUGAAGUGUUAUUACUAGUUGUGACUUUAGUGUUUCUGUGCAUGGUGGCACCGGUGCAGGGCGUGUGUCUGUGUGUAUUCGUGUGUGUGCGCGCGUUUGUACGGUGUGGCGUUCCUCCCCCUUGCCGUCCGGAGCUCAGCUGCAGCGGUGGGGCCACAGGCAGAGGCUGUGGCAGUUUUGACCUUGCACGACAAGGCAGUAGUUCCAUGAACCCUGGAACUCGGCCAUGUGUCUUGAGGGUGGCCGAGCUUUGACAUGUGGCUGUUCAAGUAAGAGGACAAAGGGAGGGGAAAGCAGCUCCUCUCUGGUGAGUCUUUGUCACUGUGUCUGCCAAGCAAUUGUUAUAUAACUAUGAUUGUCUCUGCUUUUCUUCUGAAAUGUAGAAACUGCCUUUCGAUGAGGGAAGUCAGUCCUCCCUCCCCUUCCCCCUUACCCCGUUUUCCUGGGUAGGGAUGAGAAAGGGGGCGGCCUAGGAGGACCGUUGGGGCAAGGAGAAUCAGGGGUCUUCGGAUGGGUAGUGGCUUUUUAAAUAACACUUAACCCAUCUUAAUGUUCUCUCCGUCCCUCCUUCCCUCCCAGGCUGUCUCCCUCCCUCCUUCUCGCUCAGUUCCUCUGUGUGCACACGUAUGCGAUGAACUAGAGGGAAGAGAGGGUCACAUAACCGAAGCUUACAGUGUCGAUGUCCUUUGUGUUGCGGCCAGGGUGGAACGCCCAGCCCUGACUUGCAGGCACCGAGAAUGUUCCCUUGUCACCCAGGGAAGCCUCUGUCCAGUCUGCCCAUCCUUCCUCUGCGCUGGAAGGCGUAUUGAUAACAGCUUUUUGCAAAUGUUGAACGGCGUUUUUGUUUCUAAAUUGAGACUUCUCGUUUUCCCCUUCCCGCCCUAAUUUGACAUCAGAAAUCCUUCUCCCUGUGCCAGGUCCUGUGCCGCUCAUCCCCAGGUCAUCUCAUUUCCCUCUGCUGUUCACACACGGUGUCUCGGGGAGUGGGCGGCAGGAGUGAGGUCUGAACCCAGGGCCGUUGUGACCGGCAGGUGUCGUUGCCCACCUGGCGCAGGGUGCUGGGUGUCAGGCAUUGCUAAUUUGGGGAGGAGGAGUCAGCAGGUUUGCUAGAGGUUUGGUAAGCUGCAAAAAGAAAACAAAAAGCCUCAGCAUAAUUUUUGUCCAUAGUUUCUUGAGUAGUUUAUACCAGAAGGAAGGAAUGGGCUAUGGCAGGCAGGUGGGAAGAGGGGGGACAGGUACAGCUUUCGGGUUAGGCCUACAAGGUCACCCAGGCCGCCCUCUCCAAAAGAAGGACAUGGCCACGUCCAGGAGAGAAUGGCCCUAAAAACCUUAUUUUUAUACAUGUGAGUAAAUAAACAUAUUUUUUUUACAAAAAUAACUUCUGAACUUAUCAGUGUUUUGAUGUUAAAGAAGAAUAUUCCUCUGUAGUAAAUUAUUUAUUGGAAGAUAACUUUUUAAAAGCUGCUGUUUGCCCUGGCUUGGUUUCAUACACUGAUUUAUUUUUCUAUGCCAGGCAGUAGACUUUCUCUGCCUCUGAGGAGCAGGCCGGCCCCGCCGUGGACACCGGCGUUGAUGUAGGAUGCUGCUAAGCCCCUGGCGGACCCUCAGCGUUAGAUGGAAAGUCCGCCUGUGAGGACAGGAGCGCUGGGCAAAGGCGGCAAGGAAGCCUGACUGGGCUCAGACCCAGGCUCGAGGGGCAGCGCCUGCCUCUGAGUGACGCGCUGCCUGUCCCGCAGGGGGCGGGGCCACGGGUCGAUGCACUUUCAGAUCGGUAGUGGUCCCAGCCCUAGGGACGCUGGGGGUAGAGCUCUCGCUUGACAGUUGGCAGUAGGGUUCGGGGGACAGGUGCUGCGUGUGGGGUUCCCGUGCUUGUACAGUUGCUGAUUUGUCCUCAGUUUUCCUGAGGCUGUGCCUAUCGAUGGGAGAGAUUUUUGACUGAAAGGUGUGCUCGCUCUCUGCAUUGUACUUUCCCUCUUCUCCCUGUCCCUGCAAACCAGAAGAGGUCACGGGAAGCCCUGACUGCCUCCGCCUCCCCACGCUCCCGGACACGCGCACGCGCGUCACCAGAGCGCUCUGACUCCGUGCGCGCUGUGUGCAGGGUUUUUUAGGGGGUGGGGGGAGACAGAGUUAAUAUAACUUAAAAUGGAAGUAUACUUUUUAUAAUUUUUCUUUUUAAAACUUUGUGAAAUUAUUGCAGAUACAUAUUUUAGAGUUGAGGCAGAUUAGUAUAUAGCCACCAAAAAAGUAUUGUGUACAGUUUUACUUGGGGAAAUCACAAAUAGUGUAUUUUAUGUUACAAUAAAGGUUUCCUCUGA